CAACAUCACUUUUAAGUCAGUGAUUCACGUGCUCUGUGCACAUAGGACCGAGGGCAAGAACACACAUAAGAUACCCUUUUGUUCUUUCUCAAAAACUGAUAAUCAAAUUUUGUUUUGUUGUUUUUGGAAUCAGAAGCGAAAGAUCCAGAAUGGGAAGCAGAAAUAGAGGUGAUGUAAAUUACAGAAAUCCAUGUUUGACAAUGCAUCAGCCAUGGGCUUCAUUGCUUGUUUAUGGUAUUAAACGGAUUGAAGGAAGAUCUUGGUCUGCCCCUAUUAGAGGUCGACUUUGGAUUCAUGCUGCUAGUAAGAUCCCAGAACCAGAGACUAUAAAAGCAAUGGAGGACUUCUACAGGGAAAUCUAUGCAGUGAAUGGCGUAACAGAUCUCAAGUUUCCGGAGCAUUAUCCAGUCUCAAGACUUCUAGGUUGUGUUGAAGUAGUUGGGUGUGUCACAUGUGAAGAGCUAGUCAGCUGGGAUCAAAUUCCAGAAGGGGUGAGGCUAGAAGGGCAAACAAAGUUUUGCUGGCUUUGUGAGCAACCACAGAAACUUAUCGUACCAUUUGAGAUGCGAGGGUUCCAAGGCGUUUAUAACUUGGAAAGAAAGAUAUAUGAAGCUGCAAUCCGAGGUAUUUCUCCCAUUGCGCCCCCACUCCCAGUGAAAUUUCCCCUUCCAAAUCCACGGGAUCCUUUCUCUUUGAAACCAGGAUCACUUGCUUCUUUCCUUAAUAGCUCCAGUACAUCCGAGGUAAAUCGAUCUGAAAAUCUUGCUGCUGCAAUAGCUGGUGCUCGAGCGGCUGCCACACAGUUUUCUAAAAACAGUAGUUCGCAGUCCAGUACAGUCGAGGUAGGAGAUGAACAUAUUUCCUCAAAUACAAGGAACAAAUCUAGAAGGAUUCAACGAUAAUCUAGUUGCUAGCUUUGUUUCAGAAGCUUGGUUAUCUAAUUUCAUCGUAAGGUAGCGGCUAAGAUAUCUACUGAAUAUUUGAUGAAUUAUUACUCUUUUUGGAAGUCUAGUUAUUUAGUCAGGGGAUGUUGUUGCGAUUUUCACUUCUUUUUGAAUUUAUGAUGUGUAGACUGCUAGUCAAAAUGCUCGUUUGUAUCAUAUUCUUUUCGCGUAAACUGCUAGCCAAAACGCUCGUGUACCAUACGCGUUUUCUGUUUAUGAUCUCUUGUAAUUAGGAGUAUCAUGUACAAUUAUGAGAUUAUGUAAAUGUAAUUUAGAGA